CCCCCUCGGUACUUUCGCGAUCAGCCAUCGGGUUCUUGUUUAGGGCCUACCCGCGUCAUACUUGGUCGGCAAAAGCCAAUUAGACGCGCCAAUCCGCCCCGUCGGGGAUGAACUCCGACAUUGGCGGAGAGAUAUUGAUAUAUUUCAUGGAAUAGUCGCCUUUUAUAUACACAAUCCCCGCAUACAAUAAAACAUCACUCUGAUCAAUUGAUCUUUACUUCUUGCUCGACGGUUCACUCAUUUUGCCGCCACAUCGUCGUCAUCGCAACGUUGUAGUUUUUCAUACGCAUCCAAAAUGGCUUCAAUCAUGAGAUCCCUCCGCCCAGUGGCCUCGAGGUUUGCUGCUCGCACCACCUCCGGUGUUCGCACCCAGAACUUUGCGGUCCGCUCAUUCUCUGCACGAAGCGCUGCACCUGCAAAGAAGUUCACUACCGAGCACGAAUGGGUUGAUGUGUCGGAGGAUGGAAAGACUGGAACCUUGGGAAUCUCCGACUACGCAGCGCACGCCCUUGGCGAUGUUGUCUACGUCGAGCUCCCAACUCUUCCAAUGGAGGUUGAGGCCGGCGAUACCAUCGGAGCCGUCGAGUCGGUCAAGUCUGCAUCGGACAUCAACUCCCCGAUCACCUGCACAAUCACAGAGGUCAACAACAUUCUGGAGGAGAAGCCAGGAACCAUCAACAACGCACCCGAGGAUACUGGCGCUGGCGGCGGAUGGAUUGCAAAGGUUGAGAUUGGAGAGCAGGGACUUAAGGAUUUGGAGGGGCUGAUGGAUGCGGCUGCAUACAAGGAGUUUUCGGCAUCGGAAUAAAUAGGGAGAUGGCUUGGGUAGAUUAGUGUAUAUCUGUUGGACAGUCGACAAUACAAAGAGUUUUCGGC